AAGAGUUUCUUAUUUAUUUUUUCGGCGAAUUUCGAUGAUUCUGAAUAAGCUAGCUGCUACCUGGGUCUCGCCCAUGUGACUUUUACCUCUGAACUUCUUUAUGAAGAGCAUUCGGACCUCGUUCAGCUCACGUGCAGAGUUCCUGCUCGGACGCUAUCCCCAGUGUUUGACCCGGUUUGGUAUUUGCAUUGGGCUGUUUUAAUGUCUUUUCCCGCUAAACUGCGUUUACAUACUGUAAGAAGAGAAGGCUAACUGAUUUCCAAGUCUAACUGGGAUCUUAAACGUUGUCCUCUUGGUUCUAACUCGAGGAGCAGCCGUUUUCUAGGGAUUCCUUGCACAAUGUCUGAGGUUCUCAUCACAAGGAGAAAGGAGAAAUGUGAAAAUUGCACGAAGCAGUGCAAGAAGAAACAGAGUGAUGAAGCUGGAAGUUUAGAGCAGGACAGAGAGGUUGCCAAUGGAGAGGUGAGUGGUCAACCUGUGUUGCUGAGUGCGUGUCUCACCUGCGACGGCUGUGUGUCUGAGGAAGAGAACCAUAAAAUCUCCCAACAGAGCCUGCAGGAGAUCAACCAUGUUCUUGCACUCAACAAGAAAUGUGAUUCCUUGAAGCACAAAGUCCUGGUAGUGUCUGUGUGUCCUCAGUCAUUGCCAUUCUUUGCUGUGAAAUUUCAACUGGACGUCCAGGCUGCUGCACACAAGCUCUGUGGCUUCCUAAAGAGUGUUGGAGUGAAAUAUGUGUUUGACACAACUCUGGCUGCUAGCUUCAGCAUUCUGGAGAGUCAGAGGGAGUUUAUACAGCGCUAUCGACGCAGGCAUAGUGAUGUCCAUGCUAUGCCGAUGUUCACCUCUUCAUGUCCGGGAUGGAUCCGCUACGCAGAGCAUGUGCUGGGAAGUCUGGUCACGCCGCACAUCUGUACAGCGAGAUCACCUCAGCAGGUCAUGGGCUCUCUGGUCAAAGACUACUUCACCAGACAGCAGAAGCUGAGCCCAGAGCAGGUGUACCAUGUGGUGGUGGCUCCCUGCUUUGAUAAAAAGCUGGAAGCGGUGAGAGAAGAGUUUUACAACAGCUUGCUCCAGACAAGAGAUGUGGACUGUGUGCUUACAUCAGUGGAAAUUCUGCACAUGAUGGACCAGAGUAAUGUCUCUGUGGAGGACGUUGAACCUGUUCCUCUGGAUCAUGUUUUUGGCGAAAUCAAUGAUGCAAGCUUGAUGAGGCACGAGGGUCGAGGCUCUGAAGGCUUUCUAGAGCACAUUUUAAAAUAUGCUGCCAAAGAGCUCUUUGGCCUGGAUGUUGAUGAGAUUGUAUACAAGACACUCAGGAACCGAGACUUCCAGGAGGUGGUGCUAGAGCGUGAUGGAGAGACACUGCUUCAAUUUGCUGCAGUCUACGGUUUCCGGAACAUUCAGACCCUGGUGCACCGCAUGCGGAAAGGCAAAGUGCCCUACCACCUAGUGGAGGUUCUGUCCUGUCCUGGAGGUUGUAUAGGUGGGCGUGGACAGGCAGAGGGAGAAGGAGGAAGGCCUGAUCGUGCUCUAGUCCAGCAGAUGGAGGAAGUUUAUAGCUCUCUGUCCGUCCGGCUUCCUGAGGCCAACCCUGAAGUCCAGCGUCUCUAUGAGGACUGGCUGCAGGGAGAGGACUCUCCACGUGUCCAGCAGACUCUCCACACUCACUACAACAACCACACACAUUCACCCUCAAACACCCUCGGUUCUGAUAUACAGUGGUGAUGGGGGCCAGAAAAGGGACCUGUUUUAUUUCUGUAUGUCAGAGCUGGCAAACAAAAGGAUCCAAGUAAAGAUGUGGGUGUCGCAGACUUCCUGUUAUAGGAGACGUUUGACCUCUUAGCAGCCAAUCACAGAUCUGCCUUUUUAAGUUAUGUAACUUUCAUUAAGAUCAAUGAAUUAUAAAGGAUAUCAUGAUGUCAUAUGUAUUUUACUCUUAGACUAAAUUCCUUGAGCAUAACAAUAAUAAUAAAAAAAAAAAUGAUCAUAGCUUUGGGUUACAUGGACUGUUAGUGCCUGUCAGGGUUCCUAAAAUAACAAAGUGCAAAAAGUGCUCAAAUAUUUACUGGUUAUUGGUGCCAUAACCACAUAAAUAUAUUCAUUGAAAUAAUUACCCUCACAAUUAUUAUAAUUCAAUUAUUUUUUAUAAAACUGUAUAUGGUUUAUGAACCAUAAAAGUUUGCUUGUCCUGCUAUAUGCUAUUAUUUUAAUUUCAUCCAACAAGGAUCUACAAUACUUCUGUAUUUGAGUCAGAAAGUUUGCAUACCUUCAGAACAAAAGGAAGAAAGGACAUUUAUCACAAAUAAAAAAAAAAAGGUCAGAUAGUAUAAUGCGUCAAAAGUUUGUAUAUCACUUUCUGCAUGUGAUAUGGAAUACUGAUUAAUAACCUCUAUGCCUUACUGCCAUCAAUCUUUUUGUGUCCACUUCCACUAAACAGCCAUUGGAGCAUCAGCUGUAAAAUUCUUCCCCAUUCUUCUUGACACCUGUUACAACUCUGCCAGAUCAGGUCUGGAAGCAGAGAGAGUUAUUAUAAAACUUUGAAAUUGUGCUUUUGGUUCUUUUAAAACUUUGUUUUCUGUUUAUUGCUUUGUUACACAUAGGAUACAUCCACAAAUUAGUACAGUCGUGGGGGGGG